AUAUCAUCACGUCGCAUACGGUAGUACCGGCCGUGUAAACACGAGUUAUCAUCGAGAUCGAAAGCAAAACCCGCGGCGCCGCAUUACAUAUACAGCCAUCGCCAGGCAAAGCCACCGGCCCAGCAGCCGCAGCCCCACAACACAAGUCACAACUUCACAAGGUCUCGUCUUGUUGUAGCUUGGCAUAGUUCCAGACUCACGGUUAAAAUUGAUAUCUCCAAAUAUUGAAAUAAGAUGGGUGUCUCUCGCUAUGUUAUCAUCGGUGUCCUUAUUUUAGGAGCUCUUUCUGGCUACCUCUUCCACCCUCCUGUUCCGAAGGGCCUCGCAGAACCAUGGAAAUACCGUCUGGUUCUUGGUGUGGCGAAAAUUACACGAGUUUUGGCUUUUGUCAAGUACCGGAUUGCGAGCAGAAACCAGACAUUUAUGGAUACAUACCGGGGGAUGUACAGAAAACACAGACCAAAGGAGCUCAUCCCGGGGUCGAACAUAGGGUCAAAGGUGAUGAACUUUGAUGGGGUCAGAGUUCGUGUGUACGAGCCGAUUGAGAGAAAGGAGGAGGCUACCCCAGCCAUGGUUUUCAUGCAUGGUGGCGGUUUGGCGUUAGCCAAUAUUGAUGUGUAUGAUCGUCUUACUCGGCAGAUGGCGGAGAAGUUAGACAUUGUCUUGGUGUCAGUUGAGUAAGUUGAAAUAAUGAAUGAUAUACUUAAUCUGAGAUAGUCAAAGGGAUUAUCAUUCGAUGUCCCAUAUUGUACAACGCCUACUUACAUGUAGCUUGUUGUACGCGAGCAAAUGGGAGACUGAAUGUCAAACAUUCGUACCGUUGCACACAGGAUGUACCAUCCAAAAUGUACCGUCCAAAAUAUACUGUCCAAAAUGUACCGUUGCACGCCUUUAGGAGGUGACGUCACAAUACGAUUUAAUUCAUUGCGCUUUAAUACAUGUAGUAAAAAUGAAGGUGCAAUACACUCAUACAUGUAGCCUGCUGGCUAUAAAAAUGCGCAAUGCUUCCCAAGAUCAUGUGCGCUUGUGGGAUUUUGUUUUUCGCUUUCAAUAUUUUUCUUUUCUUUUCAUAGAUUACUGCAGGAAAAACUCUUUAAAAAAUAUUUUCGCUAGAUUCCGAGGCGUUUUACAACACAAAUAGCGAAUAUUCCUAUUCGUGCUAUGGUGCGGCUACACCUCAUUGAAUAGAGCAUCUUUCUUUCACCUCGUGAAAUCUCGCACCAUCGCACUCAUGCCUAUUCGCUAUUUGUAUAUUCUGAAGUUUGGUUAGCCAUAUGAGUCUACAGUAAACUCUGAUAGGAAACUGAAAAUAUUAGAACUUUGUUAACAAUACAUUUUAUGUGUUUACUAUGUCAUUUCCUAGUGUUCAAUGAUUAAAAAGAAUUGUUUCAGUUUUCAUUCUGAGACAUUUACUAACAUUCGGUUGGAGUGCCAAAUAUGCUGAUAACCAAGUCUCUACUGUUCGAGAUAGAGUGUACAUGUAUUUGGCUGCCCAUAUACAUGUACAGACUGCGGCUUUAGACCAGAGUUACAUGUAUAUGUAACUUCGAAUUAACCAGAGUUCGGAAUACAGGCCUGUGAGUCUAAAGCUGUGUUCGAAUGAUAAAAAAAAAGUAAUAAAUUCUUGAGAAUGAUUUGGCCAAUGUUCAGUUAAAUGUCAAGUCAUACAGUAAGUCAUAAGAUUGGCAGGGAGUAAUAAAAUGUAAUAAUUUGUAACAUAAUUUGCUCUCAGUCAGAGCAGUGUUAUAUUAUAUUGGUGUCGUUGUUCUGCAUUCUGACAUAAAACCUGCUUUAUUUUUACUACUUCAUACAUAGACUGGAUGUGAUUGACGUUACCUGGUAAGCUUGCCAUUGGCUAACCAGGUAGCAGCAAGCAUGUAUAAAUGUAGAGUAAUGUUUGUAAACUCAGGGAUUUUCCAUGUUUACAUUGAAUAGGUUUAUAGCGAUACAAUGAUUGCUAGGUUCCCCCCAAAAAAAGAAACAUUCAUAAAUCUGGAUAUCUUUUUACACUGUAAAACAGGCCUAUUGUAUAUUGCCUACAUGUAGUGAUAUUUUUUAGGGGCAGUGAACCAUCAGUUGACCCCCUUUGAGUAUUUGUUUGUGCCAUCAUUUCACAAAGUAUCCCUGUGAGGUCAAAAUAUAUAAAAUUAAAACUUCAUGUUCAGGAAUUAAGAAGUGUUCAGAAGUACAUUAUAUAUACAGUGCGUAUAAAAAAAAACGGGACAGAUUUGAAAAGUCUAUAAAAUUUUAGUUUCAAAUUAUUAUGUCUAUAUUUUGGUGUUAAUCGGUGCUCUAAGGUCUUGUCUUUCAAAUGCUAUUAAAAAAAUUUAGUUUUGUUCAUGCUUGAGCGAACACGGGACGUUUUUGUUGGGGGUUCAAAAAGAGGCUUGCGCCAGAAUUGCAGAAUAUGAGUAAUAUGAUGAUCGGACUUCUUGCUAAUUAGCAGACUUCCUCUUAACCUUUUCAUUAUCUUUGCCAUAAUUUUCAAAUCAUGCGGUCAAAAUUCAUUUUCAGAUCUAUUUAUUUGAUUGAAUUAUUCUGUUAUUUCUUUUUAAUAUGCUCUCUGUUAGCUUUGAAUAUUCCUUCUUCAAGCUUAAAUUAUUUUUUUCAACCGAAUUAUGGGAGAGCAUGGAUUUUUUAUUCAAAUCCUUUCAUUAUGUGCUACAAAGGUUAUGGUGCCUUUUGAACAAAGCCACACAGAUGGGCGGGCGCUCGGGGGUUGCUUCCCCCCUCAAUUAAAAAAAAUCAUGACCAAGAAAAAAAGUGGACAG